AUGCUCGUAAACGGGUACAGUCACGUGCAAGCUGGUGCAUCAUGCUUCCUUUCUAGCCUCAGUGUAGACUGUACCAGUUUCAACCCAACCUUUGUCUCGUUCAGGAGGCUCAGGCGAAGACUCGCUGGAGCUCGUGGACACAGACCAGAGCACCGGGUUGUGUUCCCACGAAGAGCGCCGUUCGCAGACAAACAGCGUCGCGGGGCACCAGGCUUGGCCCACAAGACUACUGCGUUUCAGGGGCUGGACGGGUCGCAAGGCGCUUCGGGUGCUCGUGGGCUGCUGGGUUCCUCUGUACUCUCUACGGAUGCGCAGCCUCCGUUGGACCUGGAGAACACAGUUGAAACACUCAGUGACUCGAUCCUCAAGGCUGUUAAUGCCGGUUGCACACGUCUGAGGUGUGUCGUUGCUCUGCCUGGCAUUAACGAGAAACUUGAAACAACGGUGCCGUACUCGGAAACGCUUCUUUUCGCUUUGACCUACGCAUUUGCCCAAAAAUUGACCGCCACGAAUUUUUAUUCAAUAGGUGAUGAGUUGAACGAAGUAAGACUGGUGUUUUCUUCAGCAGGUAAGGCGAACGCGGCCAAAAGUCUUUUCGAUGAACUGGGCGACGUCACGCCUUGCGGAGAGGCAUCGGCAAAGUUUUCUUGUUUUGGAGAGGAGUCUGCAAAUGCUACAUGGGACGCUAGUGAGCUUCUGUCCAAGAAAUCAGCGACGUGGAGAGGUUUCAUCAUCAUCGUUGAACCAAGAAAUCUUCGCGGUGACUCGGCGAUCCCGCGGCUUGAAAACCUGAUCCAGCAACAGAUGCAGGCGCUGGAUGUUGUCUCAUCACAUGGACCAGGACGCGACUUUCAAGUUAUCUGGAUUCUCUUGAAUCCAUACCUCGAGGAUCAGGCUGAUAAUGUCACGUUGUCGAUCCGCGAAAUUGACAGGAGACGGCAGUUUCUGUAUAGUUUCCAGAUCGGCUUCUUCAUGGAGCCAAUUGUGGAGAUUUUGCGGCCGGAUCUCAUCGCUGUAGAGCACGGUGUGCUCAUACGUUCAUUUGGUGAAAACUGGAAUGUUUUCGCAUGCUCGCCGACCAGGCUGCACCCAGCCAGCUGGCAACGAGCCAUGCAAGAAAGGUCCAAAAUUGUGUACACCAAAGUUGGGACCCUUGAUCAAACGCAGUACGAAAACAGACAACCAGGCGAUGAUGAAGUCAUGUGUAUCAUUCGAAAGUUGCGUAAUUUAAACCAAGCCGGGCAAUCCAGGGAAUCGGGUUCUGAAAGAGAGUUACUCGUAGGCGUGCUGCUUGCCGUUAUCUUCGUGACGAUACUGAUCAUUGGGGAAAACAAGGACGGAGCCAUGAGCUUACUGCAGUCGCUGGGGAGAGGAUCGUUCUAG